UCUCCGCCACCACAGCUUUGCCCCCACAAGAGGUUCUCCCCCACCACAGCUUUGCCCCCACAAGAGGUUCUCCGCCACCACAGCUUUGCCCCCACAAGAGGUUCUCCCCCGCUGCAGGCUUGCCCCCACCACAGGUUCACCCCAUGUCAGCCAUUGGCAAGCACUGGCGCAGAGCUCCCAGCCUGACAAGCAGCCCGGCUCCCGUCCGCAGGCCCCUCAAGCUGACCCUGCAGUGGUGUCGGAGGACAGCAAGAUCAACACACUGCUCUCCUACCUCAGCUGGGCUUGGCACUGGCCCCCAACGAGUGUAACAGCCCUCCAUGCAGCUGCCCCAGAAGAUGGAAGAGAAAAAAAUACUGUGUGACUGCUUUGAAGUGGAGAACCUUACCAGUUCCAGGGGGGAGAGGACUGAAGGUGAUGUGAAGACGUUUUGGACACAACUGGGAGGUAGAAGAGUAGACGUCAUAUUUGAGCAGGUGCAAAAUGUGCUGCUGUUGCUAAAGCAAAAGAUCAAGAAUGGAACUGCCACAAACCAAGAAUGCUGGCAGGCUUGGGCACUGGUGAAUGAAGCUAAUCUAGGUGAUCUCUUAACCUUGACAAAUGUAAGUGAUGUGUUUGACGGAGAUGGCAGACAGCAAACCAAACCCGGAUUUCAGCAUCUUACAGAUGACAACGCUGCAGACUCCGCACCAGGUUCUCACAGCAAAAAGGAGGAGAUGGAAAAAACAGGUUCCGGGAGUAAAGCAGCAUCUAGUAAAAUUCAAGAUUUACCUUUAAACCUGCAGUACCAGAACCACAAGUGCUCUAGUGCAUGUCUUGCCAACAGAGCAGCGGGUUCCUACAAGGGUGAAAAUCCUCUUAAGAUGCCAAUCCUGUUUGACUUUCAAAGACGCCAUGCAAAAGCAGACUGCCUUUCAAAAUCACUGGAUGUGAAUUAUAAAGCUCCUUGUGGUCGAAGUCUGAGAAGCUUUCAAGAUGUGCAAAAUUAUUUGUUUGAAACAGAAUGCAAUUUCUUAUUUGUUGAUCACUUCUCCUUCAACACAUACGUACUGUUGGGCCGGAACACCGUAAAUCCCGAACCCCUCGUGUUUGAUUUUGAUAUUAGCAAUGGAGCCGAGUCUGUGCCAGUUUCCUUCUGUAAUGAUCUUGACCGCGCAAGAUUACCUUAUUUCAAAUAUCGGAGGGCAUCGUGGCCACGCGGAUAUUAUCUCAACAAUUUCUCCACCAUGUUUGUUGAUUCAUGUGACUGCACAGAUGGCUGUAUUGAUAGGUCAAAAUGUGCAUGCCUACAGCUAACUGCAAGAGGCUGUAGUAAAAUUUCUCUAUCGCCCAGUAGUAAAACAUCCUGUGGAUACAGUUACAAAAGACUGGAGGGACCUGUUCCUAGUGGAAUUUAUGAGUGUAGUGUGUUGUGCAGGUGUGACAAGAUGAUGUGUCAGAACAGAGUUGUACAGCAUGGCAUUCAAGUCAGGUUGCAAGUGUUCAACACAGAGAAGAAAGGCUGGGGUGUCCGCUGCCUAGAUGAUAUCGACAAAGGGACGUUUGUUUGCACUUACUCAGGCAGAUUAAUGAGCAGAGCUGAAGUUCAAGUACUGGGAGAUGCUGGUCAAGAGCUGAAAGAGAAGAGUGCUGUGAAUGACAGAGGCCACGGCUUUUUUUCCAAAAAAAGAAAACUUGACAGUGAUUGUUCAGACUCUGUGAUUGAACUAGUGCAGACUGGCAAAAAUGACAUUUUUGAGAAGCAGGAAUCUUUGUCUCAGACUGUGGACAAUGAAAAUAAAUCAACCCUGGUUCAUCCAAGGAAUUUAAGUAUUGCAACUUCAAGAAGGCCUGGAACUAGAACAGUUGUUUUCCAUAAUCACCAUCUAAAAAUGGAAAUUGAUACACUGGUGCACAGUGCCAGCUCAGAUGAAGAUAAUAGUUCUCAGAUUCAUCAGUCAAGCAAAACAAAACUAACCAGUGGAACAAAGAAAGGAAAAGAAAAAUCCACUCAGCAGCGGAAGGAAGAACAUCUGAUGGAGGUUGGACAGACUGAGUCUGCUGACAUGAACAGUGCAGAAUGCAAAAGAAAGGGUCUGUCUCUGCAGGGUGUUGAUUGUGGCAAGUCAGGUGUGCUGGAUGAUACGUGUAUUGUGAAGCCAUCCAAAGAUGUACCACUAAAAGCUGACUGCAAAGAGGAAAAUCACAGGCAGUCAAAACAGGAUGCGUUUUGUGAGGAGGCUGACGGUGAUAGGACGCUUCUGAAGAAUGCUAAUGAAGAAAAUAUUUAUGUACUGGAUGCUACAAAAGAAGGAAAUGUGGGUCGUUUUCUUAAUCACAGCUGCUGCCCAAAUCUCUUCGCACAGAGUGUGUUUGUAGAAACUCACAACAGAAGUUUCCCGUGGGUGGCGUUCUUCACAAACAGGCAUGUGAAAGCUGGAACCGAGCUCACGUGGGAUUAUGGUUAUGAAGCUGGUAGCAUGCCAGAGACAGAGAUUUCCUGUCAGUGUGGAGUUCAGAAGUGCAGGAAAAAAACCUUAUAGGCAAAGCUUUCCUGCUGUCAACACAUCAUGUACGUGGAUAUAUAUAUGCUGAAAGGGACUACUACACGGUGAACAGUACACUUAAGUCUGUGGUGCUAAUUACAUUCCACUAAAAUGCCUUUCACCUGAUCGUUUUUUAAAUUUACAUUUAAAUGUUACUUUUUUAGUUUACAGAAUUAGAACUGUUUGUCAUAAGAACAUGCAUCAGACUUUUC